AACUGUCACUUUUCUGUUAAUUUUCCCCGAUACACAAUGUUGGCCAUUCGUUUGUUAUGCUGUUAACCGUAGAAAUUGCAGUUUGCCUCUAACAUUUUUAUGCUGCUGCCUCUCUUUCUCACUCUCUCUCGCCCUCUCUCCAGCGGCCACACACUAACACACCGAGCUCCCCCUUCCAAUUAUGUAUUCGUAUGUUGUUUUGCUUUUCCAAGCAGGUAGAUGCUAUAGAAACGGACAACAGCGGCGGAGAGAGACAGAGAGAGGCGGGCAUGGAGAGAGCCCGCGAGAGAGUGUGUCUGUGUGAGUAACUGUAUUUCGCCGCUCGCCUGCUUGGCGCUACGUUCGCUCGCGUCAGUAUCUCAGUAUCUAAAAGUAAACUCUCGGGAGCAGACCGCCAGCAAUAAGCAGCAGCAGCAGCAGCAGCUAAUAAAACCGUAUAACCGAAAAGCAAAGCCCAGCAGCGCAUUCAACAAAUAGCAAUAGCUAUACAGCGAAGGGCUUACCUUUUCGCCAAUUCCCGCGGGAAAAAACGCCACGGAGAACUCCUUAAUAAGUGAAGAAAAAGAAAAAAGGCAAAACAAAUCAGUGCAGCAGCCGCUCCGUUGAGUGUGUGUGUGUGUGCGUGCGUGUCAGUGUGAGAGAAAACUGAGAGAAAAGUGAAACGACGACCGGCAGCGAAAGCCAACGCAAAGCGCAAGCGACAAAGCAAAGUUCUGCCGAAAGUGCAUCAAAAACAAAGCAACAACAAAAAAAAUCAAAGUAAAGUGUGACCAAAUAAACGCAAGUUUAACCCUUAAACAGUGAACUUUAAAUCCCCGCUCUCCCGGAAAGUGCAACACCACCUGCAAGCUGACAUUAAAAGCGGCCAAAAUUGGAUUAUGCUUGGCCUCAAACGCAACUGCCACGACGACGCCAGCGACGCCGAGCAUGUGAAGCUUAAACCGCUGCUCCCAUCGCCGCCCCAGUGGCCAUCAUUAUCGUUAUCAUUGCUAUCAACUCAGCCGAUUGUGCUCCUGCAGCGCCUGCAGCUGAACCAGCAUCUGAACGAGCGUAUCACCUUCUCGUUGGAGCAGUAUCACAAGAACGUCAUCAAGAAACUGGCUGCCAUUAGCCUAGGCAAGUUCCAGGUCUUCCGUCUUACCAAAACGUCUGCCAGACUUAAAUAAACCCCCAAAAAAUA